CAGACAGGUUCAAUAAAACUACAAACAAGAAGUCAGCUCAAACUCCAAAAACGGAGUCUCUUCCUGUACCUGCAUUUGAAGCUACCGUUCUGGAUUUCCACAAGUCACAGAGUUUGGGAAGCAGUGAGAUAUUGAAUGUACAGCAUAAAAGUGGACCAGUAUGUUCAGUGGAAAGUAACAUUAUGUGCCUUAGUCAACCACAGAUGUCUCUCUUGUUGAACACCGAGCUCUGUUUAGGUCAGUGAUUUUAUUCCUACUUUUAUGAUACCUGAUUGUCUGUCUUACAGGAAGGCAAUUCUGUGGAAAGCAGAGCUUCAUCAAAAACUUUAGAUGAAACAGUAGCAAGCUUAAUUCCCUCUUCAUUUGAUGGUAGAGAUGGCUCUGCUCAGCCACAUGUGUCUUGGGCCAUGAUACUUUCACAGCCCCCAAAGAAAAUUUUGUCAUCACCAGCAUCUGAAGAUCUUUCCAGAAGCAAAGGGAAGCAGGAUGGUGAAGCAAAGUCAGAAACAAAAAAUGAUGCUAGUGAAACUGAGCCUGAGGAAGGGUCAGAAAAGAAGAAAAAAAAGAAGAAGAAGAAGAAAAAACUAAAAUCACCCAGUGACACAGAGAAACCUCAAAAUGAACCUACAAUACAGGAACCACCAAGGAUUGAGGAUGCUGAGGAGUUCCCUGAUCUGGCAGCUGCUUCUGAUAGGAGAAACAGACUAGGAUCUCAGAAGUCAUCAUUUACUCCUGCUGUCAGAAAGCAGCCUGAAAUCCAUCUCCCUGAAGAGCCUUGGGAUAAUCGGUCUCCCACACUGGAUGGAACUUCCAAGGUGGAUGGACUGUCAGGGAAGCAAGCUUCAUCUUCUAUAUUAGAAAGAAAGAAAAUGCAGGAAUCAUCCAGGAGCAGUGGUAAGAAGAGUCAGAUUCCUGUGCAGUUGGAUUUAGGUGGCAUGCUGGCAGUCUUGGAGCAGAAGCAGCAAACAGAGAAGUCAAAACAAUCUUCUAAACCUGUGGUGUUUUCAGUUGGUGGUGCCAUACCAUUGCUUUCUAAAGAACCUGCUACAGCCACAAAAAGUCACCGGUUAAACCAAGGAAAGAUGCCUCAUAACCCUUUGGAUUCCAGCGCUCCUUUGGUAAAGAAAGGGAAACAGAGAGAAGUCCCUAAAGCAAAGAGACCAACACCUCUUAAAAAGAUUAUUCUGAAAGAAAGAGAACAACGAAAACAGCAACACCUGUUAGAACAGAGAGCAGUGCCAAAAGAUGAAGAUAAUACUUGUCAGUCUGCAGAAAAUAUUACUGAAGAUGGAACACUUGUACAGGAUAGUCAAGCAGCUGUUCCUGUAAUGCAAGUUGCUGAAGGGUUUACAGAGAACACAGGGAUGCAGGUGUCUACAGAAGGUUCUAUGACUUCAAAGCAGUUAACCUCCAGUCUUCCAAAAAUCCAUAGUAGGAAUUUUAGAGAUUAUUGCAGCCAGGUACUUAGCAAAGAAGUUGACAGUUGUGUGACAGAUCUCUUAAAAGAACUGGUUCGUUUCCAAGAUCGCUUGUAUCAGAAAGACCCAGUAAAGGCCAAGAUAAAACGCAGGCUUGUUAUGGGUCUUAGAGAAGUUUUGAAACAUCUGAAGCUGAAAAAACUGAAGUGUGUCAUCAUCUCUCCUAACUGUGAAAAGAUUCAGUCAAAGGGUGGGUUGGAUGAGACUCUACAUAACAUUAUCGACUGUGCCUGUGAACAGAAUAUCCCAUUUGUUUUUGCCCUUAAUCGCAAGGCCCUAGGCCGCUGUGUGAACAAAGCAGUGCCUGUGAGUGUGGUGGGAAUUUUUAGCUAUGAUGGGGCUCAGGACUAUUUUCAUAGAAUGGUACAACUGACAACAGAGGCCAGGAAGGCCUACAAAGACAUGAUAGCAGCUUUAGAGGAACAAGCUGAAGGAGGACUAAGAGAAACCCAACCCCGCAUCUUAACCACUGAAUAUGAAAAAAAUGGCUUAUCAGAAACUGGUAAAACAUCUUCCAAGGACUCUGAUGAGGAUGUACCAAAUUAUAUUAAAAUCUGGAAGAAAAAACUUGAAGAAGAGUAUAACCCAUAUGCACUGGAACUGGACAAGAGUGCAACUGCUGACAUGGUGAUAGUGAAUUCAGAAGAGCAUCAGUAA